AUGAAAAGAGUGGGAACCAACACCCGUGCCGUGAAGGCGACCGCCGUCGCCGGCGCCGGUGACCGAGGAGAGCAGCACAAGGCGACGUCCGAGACCCAGGCGCAGAAGGUGGCCCGGCAGCAGGCUCUGCUUGCGUUCCUCGAGGCGGGGUUCGAGGAUUACAAGCUGUACAGGGACAGGGAGGACGAGGACGAGGUGGAGGAGUACCGUCGCGCGGGUAAGCUCCACACGUACGACCCGGACAAGGAGCCCAAGAAGCGCUUGGCCAGGGUCGCCAAACUCCACCCGCCGCCCGAGCACAUGGCCGAGAAGAUCAAAUUGUACACAUAUUACCUCGAGGAAGACGAGGACGACUUCAGGAUAGGACUUUAUUCGUUAAUCGGGGAUGAAAUCAGAGUUUGA